AUCCGGAAAUGCAUGUUAACGUGCGAGAGAAAACCCGAGUUCAAGGUGAUGUAAGAGCAGACUCUACAACAGACACAAUCAUCAAUGGAACAGCCACACAUGAUUCUAUUUCUAGAAUUACUGAUAAAAUUGUAUCAAUUGCAAAAUUUAUUCAUAAUGCAAAGAAACAUGUGAGAGGAUCGAAAACAUCUGAUUUCCUCAAGGAAGCAUCCGGAUCAAUGAAUGAUUUACUAAAGAUCCUAAAUAUCGAGCAGGGUAAGAUAUAUAACAGAUCCGUAUACGAACCUAGAAGUGUUUGCUCGGAAGAAUUUAUGGGAACACUUUAUGGGGCACCGUUUUUCUAUAAAGGAUUUGAAACGAAUGUAUGUAACUAUAGUACACCUAUAUGGGAACUUGUAACUUUUGUAAAAUAUUUCAACUUUCAGAAAACUGACAUUCAGAAGAGUAACAAUGAAAUAGAAAUAUUUUUGUCAUCUGUCUAUAAAUUUAAUGUUAAUGUUCAUGUUAUUGUAGGCUUAAAUCUAUCAAUCACCCAUAAUUUUAGAUCAAAGUAUCCGACCUUAAACUUGGUUGAUUCAAAAGGUAAAUCCGAUGGAACUGUUUUAAAUAAUUUGAUUAGUGAAGUCAAAACACCAUAUGUAUUGCUAGCCAGAAAUUCUGAAUUCCUUACACAAGACGUAAGACUAGAAAGACUUGUACGGGAAAUAGAACAGCUGAAUGUGACCGUAGCUGGUGGAGCCUUUCGGAAUGCAGAUGGACACUGGAAGAAAGGAUGUUUUCAAGCAAUGUAUAGAAACUUCACGUUGAAAUAUUUAGAAGGAUAUGACGAAUCCUUUCACGAAUGUUUGUUUUGUGACUAUAUACUAGGACCCUUUGUGACCACCAAACACUAUUUAAAAGAAAAUCAAUUUUACAGUUUAAAUGAAAAUGAAGGAUUAUUUGAAGAAUGGUUUCUAAGAGUAUCACAGGCUAGGCUAGAAUCUGUUGUAUGUCCCGAUUCUAUGUUCCAUGUACAGUUACAAUAUGAAUCAAAUAUUAAAUGGGACAAAUUUAUGAGGAAGUGGAAUAUACAUAAAUGUGUUCCACCAACAGGCUUAUCAAUGGUUGAAAAAUAUGCUAGUUAUAGAUGUGAAUUUAAAGCUUCAAAAGCCAUACCGCCUGGCAAUCUACAAUAUAAUGCUAACGCCGUGAAGAUAGUCAUGAAUAUAUGUGAAGAGGCAGGUAUAAUUUGUGAGCUUCAGGAAGGCACAGCCCUUGGUGCUGUUAAAUUAGAGAAGACUCUGCCUUGGGAAAGGGAUGUAGACUUGACAUUCUUGACGGCAAAUUAUUCAUCAAUUAUGAAACUUAAAAGUACUUUUCAAAAGAAAGGAUUUGGCUUCACUGCUUUAGACGAACGAUGGUGUUGUGUAGAUAAUAUAACUGCUGGAGGACAGUUUCAAAUGCGGUACUUGGGAUGGAAUAUUGAAUUAUACGGUCAGCAUAAGAUGGAUACUGAGAUUCUGAUAAAAGAAGGAAUUAAGCCGACGAAAGUUUUAUUGGAUGGACAAUGGGUUAAUGUACCCAGAAAUCCAGGCUUGUUUGUAAGAAACAGAUAUGGUAGAGAAAUGUAUCAACAUGCAGAACAUUGGAUGGAAACGGGUGACAGUGAUGGAUGGAUUAAUUACAAAACAAAUGUGUUCAAACAAUGUACUAAGCAAGGAGAUCAUGAUUGUUUGGACAGAUAUAAUGCUGAUGGAGAUCUGCCAUUUAUUGAAAUUCUUCCGUAAAAUAAACAUUAACUGUAAACUAAUCAAUUGAAGACUCUAUAUUUCACCCAGACAGCUAACUACAUCGUGAGGAAGGGCAUACGAUACUCGUUUUCGUGUUUUAAUGCUAGGGAGGUACAACAGUAAAUCUACCAAUGUUCAAAUGUGAGGGUCUAUUAUAGUGUUUGCAUUUGUUUUACUCUGACAAUUCUCAGUAAAGUUGAAAACAAGCAGAAAAGUAGUUCGUUAAAUGAGAUUUAUAUGAUCAAAACAUAUUAACUAAAUUAGUUGCCUUAAAGUUCCAUUAGGCUUUUAGUUUUAUGUUAAAAACAAAUAAGCAAUUGUCUAAAUAGUUCUUAUACAUGUUUAGAUUGUUAAAAUAGCACUACUUUCGAUAUUGCACAUGUAGUUGCACCGUAAGAGCUAUAAAGGGAGGUAAUUAAAAAUAAUGAACUGAGUAAUACAAACAAUAGUCAAAACUUUGAUAGUUAUAUGAUGAAACAGUUAUCGAAACUAGAAUUUAAACAUAUUAUCAAUGUAUUUCGUGAUCACAACAUAAUUAUGGCAGCCUCAUCAUAAACAAAGACAUUUUGAGCCUUUAAAAACAUUGGUUGCUGUUGGUUGAUAUAUCAUAUAAAAGAAAGAUGCCAAAAUAUAGUU